CUGUUUCCCAUCAGGCUGUUUUCACACUGUCUCUGCUAGGACUUUUGCUGCCCUUGAUUUAUCUGUGAUCUCUAAACUCAUCUGCAAAUGGUUUUAACACUUUCUAUUUGAGAUAACUUUGCGUUUAUGAAAAGCCUUUCCUACUUUGCUUUGAUGCCUUUCAGCUGCGGUGAUCAUUACAGUAAAGUUAUGUGUCAUUUGAAAGGCCACUUGUGCAAUGCUCAUCUUAAUCUCAGUCCUCAUUUUGUUGCUGUUCCCCUAGCAGCAGGGAUAAAAGCUACCAUUAACUUUCCCUGUAAACACAGCUGCGUUCAUAUCUGCUCGCAUAAAUAUUUAUAUAGGGAUAUUUAUUCAAAAGUUGAAAGUGACCCCUCCCAUGCUCUGUAUGUGUCUCGACCUGUAAAUAUUAAUCGACUUGAUUUAGAACUGCAGGUGCAGAAAUAAAGACUUAAGUGGGUCUGAAUAUAAACAAUAGCCUUGAAGGGAUUUCGACAUCGUUUAAACGUCCUUCUAUCCUAGGUGAAGUGCCGUCCAAACUUUAGGAUGGCCUGUUUCCUUUCUUUCCUUUCCUUUUUUUUUAACAGCAGAGGUGAACUCCACACUUCGCACAGAUACCCAGGCUCAUAGAUCUUCAAGAUAAAAGCUGAAACAAUAUAAUAUUUUGAAAAAAAUCAUUUUAAGCGGAUAUCUUCACAGUAAAAUCUUAAACGCUUAUUUCACGAUUGCUUAUUUAUUACUUUUGUUUUUAUGUUUUCUCUUGUCAAGAAAUAUCAAACGGAGGUGCGUUACAUUUUGUUUUACUUUGAAAGCUCAACCGGAAGUUACAUAUUUUGGAUACGCUAACUUGUCAUUUGAGUUGCUAAAGUAGUCGGAAGGAGGAGUCUGCGGCAGUAUCAGGGUAACAUGAUGUAGUUAAACACAGACUGUGUGACUUAUAAUAUCAAGAAGUCGCUGUUUUCACUCUGUUUUUUUCCUUUCCCCUUGGAAACUAAUUCGUGUUUUUGACAUCCAACCGACGUCAUGUUCCUGCGGGGAUCAAAAAAGCGACGGUCUAACCGCUCGCAGGAGGAAGAGGACCCAGACAGAGGGCAGCCCUGCAUGCGCUGUGGGGAUCAGUGCCCUGGCUUCCGUGUCCACGGCUGGAGAAAGAUUUGUGUUCACUGCAAGUGUGUGCGAGAGGAACAUGUUGUGCGCUCAGUGCCGGGCCAGCUGGAAAAGAUGAUGACAAAGCUGGUAUCAGACUUCCAGAGACACUCCAUCUCUGACGACGACUCAGGCUGCGCCUCAGAGGAGUACGCAUGGGUCCCACCUGGGCUCAAGCCCGAACAGGUUUACCAGUAUUUCAGCUGCCUGCCGGAGGACAGAGUGCCUUAUGUGAACAGUCAAGGAGAGAGAUACCGAAUCAAACAACUUCUGCACCAGCUCCCGGCCCACGACAGCGAGCCUCAGUACUGUAACGCUCUGGACGACGAGGAGAAGAAGGAGCUGCGUUUGUUCAGUCAGCAGAGAAAAAGAGAAAACUUGGGCCGAGGCGUCGUCAGACUCUUCCCAGUGACGAUGACGGGAGCCAUCUGCAAGCAGUGCGGCAGGCAGAUCUGCGGUGGAGACAUAGCUGUGUUUGCCAGUCGGGCGGGACACAGCAACUGCUGGCACCCUCAGUGUUUCCAGUGUGCCUCCUGCAGCGAGCUUCUGGUUGAUCUGAUCUACUUCUACCAGGAUGGACAGAUCUACUGCGGCCGGCACCACGCUGAGAGGCUCAAACCCCGCUGCCAGGCCUGUGACGAGAUUAUUCUGGCGGAUGAAUGUACGGAGGCAGAGGGAAGAUACUGGCACAUGAAGCACUUCUGUUGUUUUGAGUGUGAGGCGGCGCUGGGCGGUCAGCGUUACAUCAUGAAAGAGAGUCGACCGUACUGCUGCUCCUGCUACGAGUCGAUGUAUGCAGAGUACUGCGACACCUGCGGAGAACACAUAGGUAUCGACCAGGGCCAGAUGACCUAUGAGGGUCAGCACUGGCACGCUGUGGAGACGUGUUUCUGCUGCGCACGCUGUCAGCUCCCUCUGCUGGGGCGUCCAUUUCUCCCUAGAGCCGGGCUCAUCUUCUGCUCAAGAUCCUGCUCGCUUGGAGAAGACCCCAACAACUCUGACUCGUGUGACUCCGCGCUGCAGAGCAGAAUGUCUCAGCACAGGCGUGGUGGGACAGCAGAGAGGCAACAGCAGCCACAGUGUGGGUCACUAGUGCAGCCACUAGAGGGCAUCAGUCCUCCUAUUACUCCUGCAAAAGACUACAUUCACACUGCAGUGGAAAACAGAGGUGUUCACUGUACUGCUCCAGUGCAAAACGGAGCUCCUUCACCAAGAGGCUCCUACUCCCCUCUUCCACACAUUCAUCUAGGAAAUGGCUUAGGUCCAUCUUGGCCCAGUGACCUUCCUCAUUACAGUUUACUUCCUGCAGACAGUGGCAUCAAACCUCCUGUGGCUGGUCAUCAGUUUCAGGCACAGCUCAAUGGAAACACUGGACUAACUAGUCUUAAUUCAAGAGGAACCUCCACGGCUAAAGACUGCAGGAACUGGGUGGAAAAGACAAAUCAAGUUAUGCAAGUGUUUCCUCCUCAGAUAAACUCGCAUGUGCACCCCCUCAUUUCCCCCGACUCCCCUACCCUCCCGCCCAACCCCUCCGUCCUGCCGCCUCCUCUGCCCAUUAAAUCUAAAGACUUGAUGCCCCCGGAGUUGCCUCCACCAAUCCUUCCCCCACCAGAGAUUUGCCCCUCUGACUCUCCAACUCCGCUGACUCGCAGCAGCACAGCCAGAGUCAGCUUCAGAGAGCCGAUCAGCAGCAGCUACUCUGUCGACGAGGAUGAAGAUGAGAACGAGGAGGAGCUGCAAGAGGGAGUGGAAAACCAGCAGGAUGAAGAUCAGGUGGAGGAAGGUUUCGGAAGCAGGUUAAAUCUACAGAAAGGCAUCCCGCCGCAGAUGGAUCUACUGGAUGGAUCCUCUUACCAACAGCGUAGUCUGAGGCGAGGCUGGAGUCGCAGCCGUGUCCCCUCCGACCCCGCUCUCCACCCGGGACCGGAGAGGCACUGCCAUCGCUCGCGGUCAGAGCGCCCUCAGCUUGAAACGCUCGAUUGGAAAGGUGACAAAGAGAGGGACAACCGGGGCUCUGCCUCGUUGACCCUCCACCCUGGCCAUUACAAACACGGAGACUCCUGCUCCACCUGCUCCUCGUCCUCAGACUCGGAGGAAGAGGGCUUCUUCCUGGGACAGCCCAUCCCGCUGCCUCCCCAGCUUCGAAAGCAACCACAGGAGGAGGGCAAGGAAAGAGAGGGAGGGGAGGAGAGGGAGGUGCAAAGAGACUCAGGGCUGAGAGGAAGCUUCAGGCGGAGACGAGCUCACAGUCUGGGUGCAAAGGACAAAGAUAAAAACUGUGCUAUCUCCUAACCCCAAACACAAACAUCAAAACACUGCUAUUGUUUUCUAAAUUAUGGUGCUCGAAAGGAGCUUAUGACCCUCAUCAGUCUCGUGUUCAGGCUUUUUAUCAGUUUUAUGAUGUUGAGAAUCAAACACACACAUGCAGACUCACAAAGGUGAACCACAGCUGUUGUUCCUGGAAUACACAAAGGGAAGCACGAUAACCCUCAGAGGAGUCAGUGCUUGUAUUGUAUGUUGCUGACUUACAUUGAGUCACUUUUUAAAUGUUACAGAGAAGAAAAAGAUGUGAUGAAUAAUGUGAUGAAUGUGGAGUGAUUAUUGGUAGUAUUCGGAUUCUAAGUGUGAACACAACUGUCACUGAAACUUACGUUUUUAUUUAGCAUUACACGUAAUUUACAUAUGCAAACUUACAGAAGCAAAUGUGACCAGGAACUGACUGCGAGUUCCUCUUUCAAGGUUUCUAAAAUAUGUAAAGCUCUACAGUGACAGACUAAUCUUUCCUCUUAUGUGCGAUUAAACAACUGUAAUAGAAUACAGUUAUGAACACUACAUGGCCAAAUGGGAUGGAAUAAAAUGCUUUGACACUGUGGUAGUUUUGUACUUAGGAAAUCACAAAAGGAGAGAACAUCUGUUGCGUUUGUUGUAUAGUCCAAACAAAAUACUGCAAAGUAUAUAUACGCAUUUGUGUCUUAAAACAGAUCGACAACAGAAAACACUUUUACGACCCUAAAGGUCAUUUAUUUUUAUAUAUUUGUGGUGGGGGGGCGCUGUGUUUUUUGUCUGGGUAAGAGGAUAAGAUUUUCAUGACCGUUUCUGUUUCUCUUGAUUGUGCAACAAAAUGUUCUCGUGUUAUUAAAUGUGUCUU